UUCUUUCUGAGUUCUGUAACUGUGACUGUUUUCUGCUUUGUGUGUUAUAUAUUAUCAUUGUUUUUGCUCAUUGGGGCUCUUCCCUUUGCCAACAUCAUACCUUUUCUUCUCCUUUUCUGCUUUCAUGUUCCUUGCUUUAUUAUACUUUUACAAGUUCUCUUGAUUCUCUUUCAUUUCUCUUCACUGAAAUGGUUUGAAAACCAUGGAAAUUCGAACCUGUAAGUGUUCAUUUCACUGGUUUCAGCCAUUUUUAAGCUUGAAACCAAGUGAAAAUCAUAGCUUUUUGUUUGAUUCUCGUUCGUCCAUGGAUCUUUAGAACAAGUGGGGUUUUCUCAAAUGAUAUUAAAAAACUGUCUUUGACAAUGGUGGACACAGUGCACUUAGUUUUUUCCAACGUGGGUCUGACGAUGGACAAGUCACCGCUCGCAGGAUCAUGAGGACAAGGAUUUCUUUUUUAUUGUUUUCUAUUCCUGCCUCACAUGGCAGCUUAUUUAAUGACCUGUUCUUGCCUUUUAUUUUACUUUCCCUCAUGCAUCACUUUCUUGAUUCGCUAUAAACUAUGGCUUAAAAUCAUUUGUUUAAUCAGCCGUUUCUUGUUUUGUUCAGCUUGUUUGACUGCAAAAAAACAUUCAAAGUCUUAACAUAUUGCGAUGAUGUUCUGUUGAAUCCCAAGAUAUCAAAAUGGGUGGUUGUGUCUCUACAAGCAGCCAUAGUACUUGUAGUAGCCAGAGCAAUGGUGAAUCAGUUUCUUCUUCAUGUAUGGGAAUUAGAUUUCGAGGUCGAAAGCGAUCGAACUCCGACCAUGUUUAUGUUCUUCAGAAUCUUCCUUCAGCUCCCAACAGGAUCUUCUUGAAUGGAAAGAGUAAUUCUUCUUGUAUUUUCACGCAACAAGGUCGCAAGGGCGUAAACCAGGACGCCAUGGUUGUGUGGGAAGAUUUCAUGUCGGACGACACGAUCUUUUGUGGGGUUUUUGAUGGUCAUGGACCUUACGGUCACCUUGUUUCUCGACGAGUGAGGGAUACAUUGCCUAUAAAGUUGCUGUCGUUUUUUCAGUCUCCUCAGUUAAAGCAGAAUGUCUCUGGUAAAACCUGUUUCCAGAGGAAUUUGAAGACAUCUCGAGAAUGUGACGAUUCUGAGAAGGAUUGUUUUAUCGAGGACUCGCAGAAUUCGGUAUGGCGAGAUGCGUUCUUGAACUCGUAUAAAGCUAUGGAUAAGGAGUUGAGAUCACAUCCUAAUCUGGACUGCUUUUGUAGUGGUAGUACAGCAGUCACCAUAGUUAAACAGGGGUCAAAUCUGUUCAUGGGGUACAUCGGGGACUCUCGAGCAAUCCUUGCCUCGAAGGACGCCAAUGAUUCGACAGUGGCGGUCCAGUUGACUGUGGAUCUUAAGCCAGAUUUGCCAAGAGAAGCUGAAAGAAUAAAACGGUGUAAAGGUAGGGUGUUUGCAUUGCAAGAUGAGCCUGAAGUGCCAAGGGUGUGGUUACCUUUCGACGAUGCGCCCGGUUUAGCCAUGGCUCGUGCUUUUGGAGACUUCUGUUUGAAAGAAUAUGGAGUUAUCUCUAUACCUGAAUUCUCACAUCGAACCCUCACCGAUGCUGAUCAGUUCGUCGUUCUUGCAUCAGACGGGGUAUGGGAUGUGUUGAGCAAUGAAGAGGUGGUUGACAUAGUGGCCUCGGCCUCAUCCCGGGCAUCAGCUGCGAGAUCCGUGGUGGACUCUGCUGCUCGUGAAUGGAAACUAAAAUACCCGACCUCGAAAAUGGAUGAUUGUGCUGUUGUCUGCUUGUUUUUGGAUGGGAUGAUGGACUCCGAAUCCGAUUGUGAUGAACAAGGCUUCUCAUCUGCAACGUCGCGUAGUAUCCAUUCGGGUGCUGCUAUCGAAUCCGAUGAUGGCCAGAAGUCUGAGCCAUGUCUGCAAAGGAAUAACACUGUCAGAUCAUCUGAGGACAACAAAACUUAUGGGGGAUUAGCUGAUGAUGACAGAGAGAUUGGUGAAGCUGUACCUGCGGAAGAUCAAAACUGGUCGGGUUUGGAAGGCGUCACUCGAGUGAACUCGCUCGUUCAACUUCCUAGAUUUUCCGACAAAAGUCCAGUGUCUUAGGAUUUAUAGAAUUCUAGAAUUGUGAACUAAAAAAUGUUUCAAACUGCUGCAAGGUUACAGGUUUGUGCAGGUACACAUUUUUGCCACCACCAUAUGAUGAAUUGCACAAAAGUGAACUGCUUUCAUAGAUCAACUAAUCUUCAAAGCUCACUCACAUUGCAAUCAAA